CGUCCGUCUCGCGCAUGCGCCCGGAGCGUCGGUGAGGGCGCCGUGCGCCUGCGCAACGAACGCGGCGGCGGCGGCGGCGGCGGGGCCCUGUCUGUGAGGAGAAGCGUCUGCGGCGGAGGAGAAGCGUCGCUCGGGCGGAAGGAAGCGGCGGCGUCUGCGUCGGGUGCCGCCCCCUGUCAUGGCAUCCGGGCCCUCGGCCCCCCGGAGGCCUCCGCUUCGGGCGCCCGAGUCCGGCCCCGUCGGGUAGAAGGAGGAGCGGGAAGGAGGGUCCCGUCCGAGGGAGCAGGGCGCUGGAUGUGGGAGAGGAUGGAGGCCAAGACGGUGGUCUACGACCUGGACACCUCCGGGGGCCUCAUGGAGCAAAUCCAGGCCCUGCUGGCGCCCCCCCCGAAGCGGAGACGACGCCGGAGGAGGAGGGACGGAGAAGCGGAGCCGGAGGACGGAGCGCGGAGGCGGCGGCGGCGGCGGCGGAGGGGAACCCCACCACUACCACCACCGCAGCACCACCACCAGCACCACCCGCAGCACCACCACCCGCAGCAGCACCAGGGCCUCUCCUCCUCCUCCUCCUCCUCGGCCCCGGGGUCCUCCUCGUCGCAGCGCCGGAGCGGCAGGGCCACCAACCACGACAGCUGCGACAGCUGCAAGGAAGGCGGAGACCUGCUCUGCUGCGACCACUGCCCCGCCGCCUUCCACCUCCAGUGCUGUAAUCCUCCGCUGAGUGAAGAGAUGCUGCCUCCAGGGGAAUGGAUGUGCCAUCGCUGCACCGUGCGCCGAAAGAAGAGGGAGCAGAAGAAGGAGCUUGGGCAUGUCAAUGGGCUGGUGGACAAGUCUGGGAAGAGGACAGCCUCCCCCACCCGCGAUACGGACUACUUGGAGCGUGGCGGCCUCCGGACGCUCUCUCACGCUCGGCUCUUGGAGCGGAGGGCCAGCCGGCCGGGCACCCCCACCUCCAACGCCAGCACCGAGACCCCCAACUCGGAGCAGAACGACAUGGACGAGGACAUCAUUGACGUGGACGAUUACUCCGUCCCCAUGGCCGAGGCGGACGGCGGGCAGCCCCACCUCAAGCGGCCUUUUGAGCUGCUCAUUGCUGCUGCCAUGGAAAGGAACCCCACCCAGUUCCAGCUCCCCAACGAACUGACCUGCACCACCGCACUUCCAGGUACUAGUAAGAGACGGCGGAAGGAGGAAACCACUGGGAAGAAUAUCAAGAAGGCUCAGCAUGAGCUGGACCACAACGGAUUGGUGCCCUUGCCAGUGAAGGUCUGCUUCACAUGCAGCAGGAGCUGCCGGGUGGCCCCUCUCAUCCAGUGUGAUAACUGCCCGCUCCUGUUCCACAUGGACUGCCUGGAGCCUCCUCUCACAGCGAUGCCCCUUGGCCGCUGGAUGUGUCCGAAUCACAUAGAGCACGUGGUGCUAAACCAAAAGAACAUGACCUUGAGCAACCGGUGCCGGGUCUUCGACCGCUUCCAGGACACCAUCUCGCAGCACGUGGUCAAGGUGGAUUUCCUGAACCGGAUCCACAAGAAGCACCCACCCAACCGCCGAGUGGUGCAGUCAGUGAAAAGGAAGGGGUUGAAGGUCCCCGAUGCUAUCAAGUCCCAGUAUAGGAUCCCUCCCACACUGCUGGCGCCUGCGGGAAUCCGUGAUGGGGAGCUCAUCUGUAACGGGAUCCCCACAGAGCCCUCCUCACAUUCGCACCUUUGCAAUUCGGAGCACUUAGCCACAUCGUCGGAGCAGCAGGAGUGGUUGUGUAGCGUUGUUGCCCUGCAGUGCAGCAUCUUGAAACACUUAUCUGCUAAGCAGAUGCCUCCACCUUGGGACUCAGAGCAGGCAGAAAAGGCCGAUGUGAAGCCGGUCAUUGUCGCUGAUGGCUCCCUGGCCAGCCCUUACCAGCCGGCUGACAAGGCGGGCAUCCCUUCCCUCUACUUGGCCUCUUGCUCUCCGGGGAUUGCCGCCACCCAGAACUCCUUGCAAGAGGAUACCCACUACUCCUCCUCCUGUAAGGACGAGACCAAGAAGGCCUCCCUUUGCGGGACGUCCAACGGCCCCAAUGCAGCCCCAGACCUGAAGAUCAACGGACCUCACUUCUACAGCGAUGCCUCUGCCCAUUUGAUGGAAUCUGCCAGGCUGAGCGGACAGAGUGGAAGUGGUGCAAUCCCAGUCUUAUCUCAUCGGCAGCAGCCCUGGCCCCGGCCCGCCACUCCCCCGGUGGCUUCUGGCCUCCUCAACCACAUGGCCGGGACAGUAGUGAAGACAGAGAAUGCGACGGGACCCAUCUCAUGCACGCACCGGGGUUCUGCCACGGGCAUGCCAGCCUCUCUCCCUUGUGCCAGCCUUGAUGGGGCCGCCAGCACUUUGCAGAGGAAGAACGUGCAGACGCAGGUGGGGCCUCUGAUGGCUGCGGACCUGGGGACAAUGGAGUCUCCUCUGACCGCCACGCGGGCGCUGACCCCUCCUCAGGCUGCCAUGGGGGACGGCAGCAUUUCCUCCAUUGGAGCCGCCCAUGGCUUUUGCUCCCCAGCGCCUCCUCCAGAUGGCAAGGCCAGCCCCAACGCCCUGCCCAUCGGCAGCAUGUUGCUGCCCCCCUCCUUGCUCCCUUCCAAUUCUUCAGCCACGUUGGACCUCACCAGUUCCUUGAAAGCAUUAAUGGAUGGCAGCGGAGAGAUUGAAAUCAAUAUGCUGGAUGAGAGGUUGAUCAAGUUCCUGGCCUUGCAGAGAAUACACCAGCUUUUCACGUCCAAGGUCCAGCCUUUUGCAGGCAACGUUGGUGCCCAGCAGCCCAGUCCUGUGGGUCUUCCUUCUGAAGGGCAGGGGAAGGAGGUGCAAGCCCGAGCCGUCUUCUACCCUCUGCUGGGGAUGGGCAGCGCUGUGAACAUGUGCUACAGGACUCUCUACAUUGGGACAGGAGCUGACAUGGAUGUGUGCCUUACAAAUUAUGGUCACUGCAACUAUGUGUCGGGCAAGCACGCCUGCAUCUUCUACGAUGAGAACACCAAACAUUACGAGUUGCUCAACUACAGCGAGCAUGGCACAACAGUGGACAACGUCCUAUAUUCGUGCGACUUCUCUGAGAAGACCGCUCUCAUCCCUCCCAGCAGCAUGGUAGCCAAAGUACAGAGUGUGAUUAAGCGCCACAAGAGCCGGAAGCAGCAGCAAGAGGGAGACCCGCCACCGAGUCAGGAAGCCGCCACAGCCACCACCACUGCCACCGCUGCUGUGGUGAUGAGGGCGCAGGCCCAGGGAGCAUCCGCCCGGCCUUGCAACUGCAGAGCCAGCAGCUCCAGCUUGAUCGGGGGCAGUGGGGCUGGCUGGGAAGGGACAGCUCUACUCCACCACGGCAGUUACAUCAAGCUGGGCUGCCUGCAGUUUGUCUUCAGCAUCACGGAGUUUGCGACCAAACAGCCCAAGGGCAGCAACGGGGAGGCCUCUGCCGGAGCCCAAGACUCAGACUUGGACGAGAAGCUCCCCUCCAAAGCCCACCAGGUGCCAGUGCUGCGUUCCAGUUCGGUGCCCUAGGCGCUCCGAGGGGAUGCCGUCCGGACGAAGGAAGGAAGGAAAUGCCGCCGCCUGCCUGCUUGAGAGCGAGAGAGACACGUCGGACAUGCCCAAACCAUGUCUGUCUGGAUCUUCUUUCCCCCCUCUACGUGGGCUACAGACUCUUGGCGCCCUUUGCAUGAAAUGAAGAACUUUGAAAUCCUUUUUUAUUAUUAUUAUUAUUAUUAUUAUUGUUUGCUCAAGUUUUAGGGGCAUUUGCACAUAUAUUUGUACUAUACAUUUCAUUUUAAAAGAGAAAGAGAGAGAGAGAAAACCGCAGAGGAAACUGCAGCGGCCGGAGUCUGCGCUGGCAAGAGGGCCGGCUGGUGGACGUCGCCCGGCCGCGCGCUCCCCCCGCGCAGUUGUAAAAUAACCAGAAACUCGUUCUAUUUUGUGCCAGUGACAAUAGUUUUUAUAUUAAAAAAAGAGAGAGAGAGAGAGAAAUACAGUUUUCAUACAGCAAAAAAUCUAUACAAUUAUCAUUGUUUUAUUUAAUGUAAAGAAAAGAUGUGCUAUUCUCAUGCCGGUUUCUUAGUUUCCCUCUCCCCUCUCCGCUGCCCGUCUCCUCUUUUCCCGGCCGCAGGGAGAACAGAGAGGGUUGUGGGUUUUUUAAACGGUUUUCCUGGCGUCCGCCCUGUUUUCCGACGACGAGGAAAGUCUUUGCAGGGUCCUGUGUAAAUACACCCGCCGACGGCGAUUUUCCCCCCCCGGUUUUUUUAAGCUGUGUACAGUACUCCAUGUGGUUUGACGUUGCCUCCGGUUGUCUGUUGUAGCAAACGCGUUUCUUUGUCGUAAGCCUGUUUUUUGUCCUCCUGUUCCGACGCCGCCCUCCUCCUCCUCCUCCCGGCCCCAACCUAUUCUCUCAGUUCUGAUGUACAGAAGUAAUUGCAAUGUUUUAGGCUUACAGAAACCUUUUUUUCCCCCUUUCUUUCCUGUAUUCUGUAUAUAAAACAACAAAGUACGGCA